AUGGAAAAUCAAACAACUGUAUCUGAAUUAACAUUGCUAGGACUGUCUUACCUUCCAAAGCUUGAACACCAGGUCUUCGUUAUGUUUCUCCUUGCUUAUCUUGCAACCCUGAGUGGAAAUCUUCUGAUCAUGGUUCUUAUCCUCACUGAUAAACAUCUUCACACCCCAAUGUACUUUUUACUUGGAAACUUGGCCUGUGUGGACGUCUGCUAUUCUCAAGUCACUGGUCCACGAAUGCUGUUGGACUUCUACUCUACGAAGAAAAUCAUAUCUUAUCAAUCUUGCUUGACCCAAGCUUUCUUCUUCAUGUGCUUUGCUAGAUGCGAGUGCUAUCUGCUUGUUGUGAUGUCAUAUGACAGAUAUGUUGCUGUAUGCCAUCCGCUACAUUACAUACAAACCAUGAGUUGGAACAGAUGUACCCACCUCAUUAUUUUAAUAUUGGCUUUAGGAUCAAGCUACUCUUUAGUUGAAAUACUGUUCACACUAAGGUUGACAUUUUGUGGUCCAAGUACCAUCCAUAAUUUUUUCUGUGACCUUCCCCAGUUGUUAACUCUUUCAUGUACAGAUACUUUCCCUAACAUGCUUUUGCUGUUUGUGUUAGGCGGCAUAAUAUCAUUCAGUGCUUUCUUUGCCACUUUCUUGCCAUAUGUUUAUAUUUUCUACACAGUCCACAGGAUUCAGACAAAAAACAUAAAGCUCAAAGCCCUCUCAACCUGUACAUCCCACCUCACAGUGGUUUGUAUUUUCUAUGGAACUCUGUGUUUUGCAUACUUGCACCCACACUCAAGAUAUUUUGAUGCAGAUAUAGUGGUGGCUGUUGUGUAUGCAGCCAUUUUACCCCUAUUAAAUCCCAUAAUCUACAGUCUGAGAAAUGGGGAGAUCAGAAGUGCUUUAGGAAGAAUGAAAAAAAAAUGUUUUCUAAAAACUAGUAAAUAA